UUUGUCUACUAAGUAAUCACAAUGUUUGCUUGUCUAUAAACCUACCACAUACUUUGGAUUAAAUUUAUCAUAAAUUACCAGAUGUAGAGAUAUAUGCCUACAAUACAAUGCAUAAACUACUGUAUUUCUGAAACCGCGUUAACCGCGAAUUCGGCUCCACCUAGCGGCGAAAGCUCCAACCUCCAACCAAAACAACAGUUUCCUUCACCAACCGGUUACUCGAUCACUAUGGCAACCACACGUAAACAAUCCCAACCGCUUUGUUUUCAUUUUGACAAUAACGUGUCAUAAGACAGCAACACGAAGUGCCAAACCCAUUGAUUUUUCGUCACAUUGUUGGUUCGAUAACCGUAAAAUUCAUCGAAACUGUGUCAAAUUUAACGACCACCCGUUGUGUGUAUGCGAAACAUCGCACGAAAAUGGCAAGAACUGUUGUCGGACUGUUUCUCGGGAGAUAAAAUAAUGUACGCCACCACUGUUCCCACCAAACCCAGACGGAAGGACCCAGAGGUGCCAAUCCACCGGAACCAACAAGAGAAUGAACUCCAAGUGGCGAGAAAAACGGCAAGAAAACACAAACACAGAUCCAGAGAGAGGAACGAGAGAUCUCCACAGCAGUCUUCACAAGAAGAGGCGGAAAGCUACCAGAAGAUAUCCAAAAAACAACUCUGGAAAGAUAACCUACAACUGAGCAAGGAAAAAGAAGAAAUCAUUGCGAAGUUUAACGAACUGGAGGAUUUAUCGGUGAAGAAGAUAACAAAGCUUAGGGAGAGAGUAAGCGGGUUGCAGGACGAUAAGUUGGCGGUGACGGAGGAGAAUGAUCUGUUGAAGUCGCGUCUGGAAGGCUUGACGGCCGAGUACGAGGUGACGAGGGAGCUGUUGGAGCAGUACAAAGUGUGUCAGAAUUGUGAGGAGUUCAAGGUGGUUUUGGAUCAGUUUAGCAGUGAGAAUGGUUCUUUGAAGAAGGCGAAGUUGGAGCUCAGUGAGGAUCUUAAUAUGCUGAAGACUGUGGUUUACAGACUGAACGUGCAGCUGGAACGCUACCAAGAGAAACUAAGAAAAAACAAAAUAAAAGACACAGUCGACAAAAACUUCCACAACCACCCAAACGCUGACCAAACUGCUAGCAUCUCCAAAGAGUUUCCCCAAGACCCCUCCCACUCCUCCCACAAGCACGUGCCAAUCUCCUGGGGCAGGGUCAACUCCCACACCCUGGGGCCGCUCCUGGAGGCCUUCCAAGACACCAUCAACGAAAAGGACGAGAUCAUAGAGGAGUACGAGAGCGAGUUUUCUGUGUUCUCGGGUAAGCUGAAAGAGGUGCUGAGCGAGAAUGCGAAACUUCAUUUUAGACUCCACGAGGACGAUCAGUGCAGCGGCAAGCUGAAACAGGAGCUGUCCACGUUGAAGAAGGAGCUGGAGAGUUGCAAGGAGCAGAACGACGUGUUGAUCAAGAAGUGCGCGUUGAAACAAGACAAGGUGGAUGAGAUCUUGAGGGUUUACGAGAGCAAGGUUGAACAGAUGAAGAGAGACUACAAUGUGCUGCACGACCAAUACUGCAAGUGUAGAAACGAAUUGACCACACUGAACGAAAGGAACAAGGCUCUGGCUCAGAGCCAAGAGGACUUCAAGAACGAGAAGAAGAAUUAUAUACCGAUUUCGGUUCACACAGCCAGCGUGAACGAAUGUAAAAAGUGGUACGAAGAGCUGAAGAACCAAUAUGAGAGAGAAAAGGAGAAGCUCAAAGUGGACCUCGACACGAGGACAAAGGAGAUCAGCGAGCUGAAAGAAAAGAUCCUUACUCUCCAAAGGGAGAAGCAAGACAAGGAGGACAAGAUCAAGCAGCUGGAGAAACACAUAAGAAAAGGAGAGGCCAAGUUCCUGGAGCUGGAGCAGGCUCUGAAUGAGAGCCAGACGUCGAAAACGGCCUGCAAGAAACAGCUGCACAAGGCGAUGAGCUUCGCCAAGGACUUGGUACAGGAGCAGGAGACCCUGCUGAAGGCGUUGAACCACAGGCAGCAGGAGAACAAGGCAGUCACGAAGAUGGGUGCAGAUAUGGCGUCAAAGAUGGAUAGUCUGAGGUCUCAACUCAAGGAAGUCCAACGCGGUGCUUGGCAGGAGCUAAACACUGUCGAGGGGAGGAUUCAGGAACAGGAGCAGACCAUAGAGCAGAUGAAGGAGGAGUACGAGAAAGAAAUCGAUCGAUUGGAGAAAAUCAUCAAGAACCAGUCGGACCAAAGCGUAUUGCUCCAGACACAAAAUAAGCUUCCAUUAUCGCCUUAUGUACUAUAUAGAGAUAAGAUAGAAGAGUAACUUUUUACAAUUUGGGAGAAGAUGAAUAAAGGAAAAAUAAGAAAGA